AUGCAGCCAACAAGGUGUCUUCUCAAGAGAUCGGUGUGGAAAGGACCGCAUAUUGUCCCUUUGCCAAUCGUGCGCCCCGAGGUUGGGAAAAAGAUCGUGCCGAUCAGGACCCAAGCGCGAUCAGCCACCAUCCUGCCCAACUUCGUCGGCCUCAAGUUUCAAAUCCACAAUGGCAAGGUGUAUCAUGACUUGACCGUUACAGAAGAUAUGGUGGGCCACAAGCUCGGCGAGUUCUCUACAACACGGAAGCCCUUCAAAUGGGCCAAGAAAUAA